CACCAAUGACGAUGUCCCACUUGGACAUGCCCGCAAUCAAACGCCGCCACUUUUAUUAUUAUUAUUAUUAUUUCGUAUGGGCAAUCAAUACCUAAGAAACUCUAACCCGUUACCACCUUAUCGAGUCUUUAGCAAAGAAAGCCCCGACUUUUUCAUUACUAUUUGCUAAGGACAACGAAUCGACUUACCCACCUACAACCUACAGAACCUACAAAUACAAAAACUCCUAUCUACGACCGACACUUCUUAAAACAUUCCUAGUACAACAUUUCUUGACCCCGUCUUGUCAACUAAUUUGUCAACUAACCUCCCGCCCCCCAUAUCCAUCCAUUACUCGUGUGUCUGGAUAAUUACGCUUGUCUACCGUCUACCGCAACAUUUCUUUGAACUGCUCGAUUUCGAAAGAAAUCGACGCAAGCAUCAUCAGCAAUGGAGUUAGAUCCCAAGUAUGACAACUAUGACUACCCUACCAAGGCUCCCGUCGCCAAGCCAGGGCAUCCCGGCCACUUGACCGACGCCCAACAAGCACAGGUUCAUCAGCUGCGUAUGAUGCUCGAGACCGAAGGGUACACUAAGCGACUGGAUACUUUGACGCUGCUACGUUUCCUGCGAGCUCGAAAGUUCGAUGUUAACUUGGCCAAGAAAAUGUUCGUCGACUGCGAAAACUGGCGGAAGACCAUCCUAUACGCCGGGCAGCCCCUGAAGAUCGAUGGUAAAACCUACAACCUCGACGAGGAGAUAGCCGAGUGGGACAAGGAUGGUUCCUUCAAGAGGAAGAUUUCCAAGUAUUACCCUCAGUAUUACCAUAAGACGGACAAGGAUGGGCGACCGGUCUACAUCGAACAGCUCGGAAAGAUCGAUAUUACCGCCAUGAAGAACGAGGGCCUCGAGUACGAGCAUAUGUUGGUUAACCUAGCCGUCGAGUAUGAGAAGAUGGCCGACCCUCGAUUGCCAGCUUGUUCGCGCAAGGCCGGCCAGCUCCUCGAGACAUCUUGCACCAUCAUGGACUUCAACGGUGUCGGUUUUAGCAACGCGCGCCAGGUCUUCGGCUACAUUCAGGAAGCCUCUGGCAUGAGUCAAAACUACUACCCAGAGCGUCUGGGUCGCAUGUACCUCAUCAACACCAAUUGGCUCUUUACCGGUGUCUGGCGCAUGAUCCGUCCCCUUCUGGACCCUGUUACCGUCGAGAAGAUUCACGUCCUAGGUGGUAACUACCAGAAGGAGCUCCUGAGCCAGAUUCCCGCCGAGAACCUCCCCAAGGAGUUUGGCGGUACUUGUCAGUGCGAGGGUGGUUGCGCGCUCAGCAAUGCGGGUCCUUGGUGCGAUGCCGAGUAUGCCAAGCCUGCUUGGUGGGAGAAGAAGGGCGAUACGAUUGAGAACAAGCCGUCGGAGAUCGUCAGUGGCGAGGGUGCUGCUGCUGCUGCUACAGGUACUGAUGUCGCUGUGGAAGGCGCCGAAGCCAAAGCCCUUGCCGCUGCGUAGAGGAAAUGCUAAGUUCUAAAUGUAUACAAGGGGAAGCAUAAGAUGAGGUGAAGCGGGGAGUCAAGUCAGGCUAUUCAGAUAGACAGGAGCAACAUAGCCCCUCGAGGGAGAGGGCCGCGGACGUUUUUAUUUGAUCCGGACGAUCUUUCAUACCCGGGCAAAAUCUUAUAAACGCCAGUUUUUACCUGUGGACAAAGUGACCCCAUCGCGGGUACUAUGUGGCCAUCUUUUCUACGAAAUUGUUAGAGGCAUUCAGACAUUGAUAUGAUAUAUUUGCAUUUUCCCCCA